AUAAUUGAUAUUUACAGUAUGCAAUAUAUGCAUAAUAAAACGAACAUGAAUUAAUGACAGUUGAUCGGAACUGAAAUACACAUAGUUAAUUUUCCGGCAUUUGAUGUCUUAACCUGAGACCAGAAAAGUCUGUAAUUCUUUAUCUCAUUUAAACCAAUAGCUGUUGCUGUAUCUCAGCCGCAUCAUAAAGCAACCAAUCAGAAUCUAUAUAUUUGAAUAUGGAAGAACAAUCUAAGGAGGAAAACAUGCAGAUGGAACAACUGAACGGUGGUAAUCAGAUAGACCCUUCUACCACAUACAGCGCUGAGCCAACUCCUGGAAACACUGGACCACCGCCAAUGGGUAGAAUGAGGAUUCUGAAAAAUGUCUUUGUUGUCAGCGUUGGAUUUAUGUUUCUUUUUACGUCAUUCCAGUCCCUGUCGAAUCUACAAAGUACUUUAAACAAAGACGAAGGACUUGGAACAGGUGGAUUGUCCGUUGUAUAUGGUGCUCUUGUAGUAUCAUGCAUGUUGUUCCCAUCUUUUGUUAUCGCGCACCUUGGAUGUAAAUGGACUGUGACACUAUCAAUGUUGUGCUAUAUUGCCUAUAUGGCAUUAAAUUUUCAUGCCAUAUGGGGAACUAUUAUACCUGCUUCAAUAAUCGUGGGAUUAGGAGGAGGAACAUUAUGGGCGGCUAAGUGUGCAUAUCUUACACAAAUUUCUGUGUGGUAUGCUAAGUUGACAGGUGCAAAGAAAGAUGACGUCAUGAAUAGAUUCUUUGGAUUCUUUUUUAUGACAUGCCAAACAAGCGACAUUUGGGGAAAUAUAAUUUCAUCAACCGUGUUUGCGGUAACGCCAGGGAAUACAACAAAUGAUAUUGAUUCAUGCGGAGCCAAUUUUGAUCCAACUGCACCAACAGGAAAUAAUUCUAAUUUGGAUAGACCGGAUGAUACAAAGGUAUAUACACUAUGUGGUAUUUAUGUUGGCUGUGCUGUAAUAGCGUUUAUUAUUACUGCAAUAUUUCUUGACAACAUAACACUGGAUAAAACUCCACAAGGGGGAGAUUCGAAAAUAUCCUUUAAAUUGUUCCUGUCAACAUUCAAACAUUGGUGGGGCUCAACGCCACAGAAGCUCCUAACAAUCUUAACCAUCUAUAGUGGUAUUGAACAAGCAUUCAUAACAGGCGACUAUACUAAGUCCUACGUUAGCUGCGCAAUCGGGAUAUGGAACGUUGGUUAUGUAAUGAUCUGUUUUGGUACGGUGUGUGCAAUUUGUUCAUGGGGUUUUGGCCGACUGGUUCAGUUUGUUGGUCAUGUUCCUUUCUUCUUAAUAGCAUUUCUAUCACAUGGAGGAACACAAAUAGCGUUGUUACUGUGGCAACCAAAUCGAGACAACCAGCUCCUGAUUUACGUAUUUGCAGGAUUGUGGGGAAUAGGGGAUGCAGUUAUGCAAACACAAAUAAAUGCUUUAUACGGAUAUCUCUUCACAACUAAUAUUGAAGCAGCAUUCUCAAAUUACAAACUUUGGGAAUCGUUUGGGUAUAUAAUUGCCUUUGCGUGGAGUGGAUAUUUAGUUACAAAAGUAAAACUUGGACUUUGUCUUGGCUUCUUAACUGUUGGAAUGUUCCUUUUUACAAUCGUAGAAAUUCAGGACCGACGUAACAAGAAAGAUAAUACAAUAUCUUACAAUAUCGCAAUGCAAGAACAUGCAGACUCCGUCAAAAGUUAAAGACACUGAAUACGGCACAAGCGGUCAAUUUCAACAUGGGUAUACAAAUUGCAUACAAUUGACAGAGGGUAUGUAAUCAUAUCUGAUAUCUUAAUUGAUAUUUCAUAACUAGGGAAAGAAAUUAAUAAAGCCGUCAUGUUUGCCAUAGUUCCUUAAUUUCAUAAAAAAAGAUCCAAACAUGACCUAGAUCAUCUAGUUU